GCCAUCGGCCAUGUUUGCCCACUUGUUGUGGCAAGCAAAACCUGCAACAAAAAGAGCCGACUGGGCUGCAAGGCGUAUUAUCCUUUCAGCAGUUGGUUCAAGAAUCCCGGCAGGAGGCAUUCCACAGGCGAUCUGCUCGAUCUCCGAAAGUGUGCGGGAGCGCCCGGACCCAAGCGGGCCGGGAAGUCCUGCUCCCGUUCGUUCCUCCUAUAUAUAUACAGCAGCUGUCCCCGACGCCAUGUUCCGGGUUUGACGCAACACUGAUACCAGCAGCAGCCCGAGGAGGAGGAGGAAGUGCAAGCGAGAGGAAGGAGGUACUCCAACCAGCUCUCUCGGAGGAGGAAGGUGCUGACAAGCGGCGCAACAGAUGGCUAAGAACUAACAAGUUAUGUUCAAGACUGUGAUGGCUCAGCUUCCUACAGCCAUAAAUGGAGGCCCAAACAUGUGGGCCAUCACUUCUGAAGAAAGAAAGAAAUACGAUAAACAGUUUGACAGCCUUAAGCCAGUUGGGGGAUAUAUUACAGGUGAUCAAGCACGAAUGUUUUUUUUACAGUCAGGUUUGCCAAGUCCUGUUUUGGCUGAAAUAUGGGCUCUUUCUGACCUGAAUAAAGAUGGGAAAAUGGAUCAGCUGGAGUUCUCCAUAGCUAUGAAACUAAUCAAGAUAAAACUGCAAGGCCAAUCCUUGCCUGUGGUGCUUCCUCUGAUCAUGAAACAGACUCCAGUGUUUUCUCCUUUGAUUUCUGCUCGUUUUGGUAUGGGUAGUAUGCCAAAUCUGUCUACACCCACAAUGACGCCUUUGGCUCCCAUGUCCACUUUGACAUCUGUACCUUCCAUUUCUCCCAUGGCGAUUUCAGCCCCACUGUUGCCUUCUGCCAGCACUUCAUCAUUGUCCAAUGGAGCCUCCGGCCUUCUUCAGCCAUUAGCUAUCUCCUACUCUUCCACUUUGCCUCAUUCUAGUUCGUUCACUCCCAUGGUGGGAGGAUUUGGUGGUUCCAACAUCCAGAAAACUCAGUCCUUGAUAGAUUUAGGAUCUAGUAGUUCAAAUUCUUCUUCUGCUACCUCACUAACUGGCAAUUCACCGAAGACAGGAUCUUCAGAUUGGGCAGUUCCUCAGGCUUCCAGAUUAAAAUACAGGCAAAAAUUUAAUAGCCUCGAUAAAGGGAUGACUGGAUACCUUUCAGGAUUUCAGGCAAGAAAUGCCCUUCUACAAUCAAACUUAUCUCAGACACAGUUAGCUACUAUCUGGUCUCUGUCUGACAUUGACGGUGAUGGACAGCUGAAAGCAGAGGAGUUCAUAUUAGCUAUGCAUUUAACUGACAUGGCCAAAGCCGGGCACCCUCUUCCUUUAACUCUGCCUCCUGAGUUUGUGCCCCCUUCUUUGAGAAGUGGAAAGUAUUUGGAAAAUACUAACUGUGCUCUGCCAACAUACCAGCAAGAAGAGGAGCCUCCCCAGAAACCUCUUCCAGUGACCUUUGAGGAUAAGAGGAAAGCAAACUAUGAAAGAGGCAACCUGGAGCUGGAGAAACGACGCCAAGUGCUCUUCGAGCAGCAGCAGAGAGAGAUGGAACGUAAAGCGCAGAAGGAAAGAGAAGAAAAGGAGCGAAGAGAGAGGGAGCGGAAGGAACUGGAGCAGAAGAAGCAACUUGAGCUAGAAAGGCGCUUGGAAAGACAACAAGAGAUGGAGAAACAAAGGGAGGAAGAACGGAAAAAAGAGAUUGAAAGACGGGAGGCAGCUAAACAAGAACUUGAGCGUCAGCGACGGCUUGAAUGGGAGAGAAUUCGUCGACAAGACCUUCUUAAACAGCGUAACAGAGAACAGGAGGAAAUUGUUAAGUUGUCCUCUAAAAAGAAAAGCCUUAAUCUUGAACUAGAUGCACUGAAUGACAAACACCAACAGAUCUCUGGAAGACUGGAAGAUGUUCGUAACAGAAAACAAAAGCAUAAAAAUGAGUUUGUUGAUCUAGAAAAGAAAUGUGAUACAGGAAUUAUUGAAAUCAAACAGUUGGAGCAACAGCUUCAAGACUAUCAGAAUAAGCUGAGUAUUCUUGUUCCUGAGAAGCAGCAGUUGAGUGAAAAAAUAAAUCAUAAGCAGUUGAGCAACUCUGUUCAUACACAGCUUAAUUCACUGCACAAGAAAUCAUCAGAGAAAGAAGAAUUAUGCCAAAAACUUCAGGAACAACUAGAUACACUAGAAAAAGAAACCUCUUCCAAGCUCUCAGAAAUGGAUAUUUUUAAUAAGCAACUCAAGGAACUAAGAGAAACCUACUGCACACAACAGAAAGCGCUUGAGCAGCUCCAAAAGAUCAAACAUGAAAAGAUUCAAGAACUGGGAAGAAAAAGAGCUGAGGUUGCUUUGAAAAAAAGAAUAGGAGAUGAGGCUACACGAAAAGCAAAACAGGAUAAGGAAAACUUGUGGCAAGAAACUAUCAGGAAGGAAGAAGAAGGGAAAAAAAAGCGUCUGAAAGAAGACCGAAUGCAGGAAAAAAUCCAUGAGGAAAAGCAAAAAGCUGAGGAGGCCAUUGCACGAGAGAGGGAGAUCCAGAAACAAAAACUGGCAGAGGAGAAAUUUGAAGAGGAAAGACAAAACAAACAAGCAGAAAUUCUAAGAGAGGCUGAGCAGCAAAGACAGAAACAAAAGGUAGAAGACAAAAAAAGACAGGAGAAGAUUGCAAAAGAAGCUGAGGAGAAGCUCAAACGGUUUGAAGAAGGGAAGAAAAGAAAAGAUAUUCUUAGUUUGCAAGAUUCAGAGAAAUCUGUUUCUCACUUAAAUGAAAAAAAUGUAAAUGUACUUAAACAAACAAAGGGAAAUCUUAAGUCUGUGCUGAAAAAUGAAGGCCAUGCAGUUAGUGCUGCUGAUUCUAAGACAUCAGUAGGCUUUGUGAAUUAUAGAGCUUUAUACCCAUUUGAAGCCAGGAAUCAAGAUGAGAUAAGCUUCCAUUCCGGAGAUAUUAUUGAGGUUGUUGAGAAAACUGAAGGAGAACCUGGAUGGCUAUAUGGGAGUUUUCAAGGACAUUUUGGCUGGUUUCCAUGCAAUUAUGUAGAAAAAAUCCCUGAAAAUGAGAAAGCUGUUUCACCUCCCAAGAAAGCCUUACUGCCUCCUACAGUCUCUCUACCAACUGCUUCAGUUCCUCCAGAAGCACAUUCACCCAGUCAACCAGCAGACGAAGCAGAUUACCAAAAUGUAUCUUUCGCAAAUUUAAAUGCUAGCACGUGGCAGAAAAAGUCUGCCUUUACUCGUACUCUUUCCCCAGGAUCUGUUUCUCCCAUCCAUGGACAGGGGCAAGCUGUAGAAAACAUAAAAGCACAAGCACUUUGCUCUUGGACAGCAAAAAAAGAUAAUCACUUAAACUUUUCAAAAAAUGACAUAAUUACUGUGCUGGAGCAGCAAGAAAAUUGGUGGUAUGGAGAAGCAGGUGGAGGAAGAGGAUGGUUUCCCAAAUCCUAUGUGAAGAUUUUGCCUGGAAAUGAAUGCCAAAGAGAGAAACCAGAAUCUGUUUAUGCAGUUAUAAAUAAGAAUCCCUCCGCAUCAACUUGUGUAUCAGAAUAUAUAGCACUGUAUUCUUACUCAAGUUCUGAACCUGGUGACCUAACUUUCACUGAAGGUGAAGAAAUAGUAGUGAGUCAGCAAGAUGGGGAAUGGUGGACUGGAAGAAUUGGUGAUAGAAGUGGAAUCUUUCCUUCAAACUAUGUCAAACCAAAGGAUCAUGAUACUUCUGCUACAGCUAGCAAAACAGGAAUGUUAAAUAAAAAACCUGAAAUUGCUCAGGUUACGACAGCCUACACUGCAUCAGGAACGGAACAACUGAGUCUCGCUCCUGGACAGCUGAUUGUAAUUUUGAAGAAAAAUUCUAGUGGAUGGUGGCAGGGAGAACUACAGGCAAGAGGGAAAAAAAGACAAAAAGGAUGGUUUCCUGCUACUCAUGUGAAACUGUUGGGUCCCAGCAAUGAAAAGACUAUGCCAACUGUUCAUCCAGUGUGUCAAGUGAUAGCAAUGUAUGACUACUUGGCAAACAAUGAAGAUGAGCUCACUUUUUCAAAGGGACAGCUUAUAAAUGUAUUGAACAAAGAAGAUACAGAUUGGUGGCAAGGGGAAAUCAGUGGCAUUUAUGGCCUCUUUCCUUCAAACUAUGUGAAGAUGACUGUAGACUCUGAUCCAAGCCAACAGUGACCCAGUGUUGUCUCCCAGCAUGAAAGCACCUCAGAGACCCACUAUACAAGUUUGACUAUAGCAUGGCGGCAGGGUGGACAGCCUGCUCAGACCUCUGAAACGAUUCAUUUGCUUCGCUUCAGUAUUAAAUCCACUCAAGACUUCACAUUUUGUUCUAUGCUGUACCAUUACAAUUCAUUUAUGCAAACUGAUUAGUGGGUCUUUGUGUGGCUUUCUGCACUCUCCAAUCUGGUUUUCUCAACUCACUUUAUUUAGGAACCAUAAUGAAUUAUUAGAAUGUUAGUCCAAGCUAUCUCUUGGCACAAUGCAACUUUAGGCACACAAAGACCUACUAUUUGUACUGUCACAUGGGAAAUUGUUUUCUUGUGAUUAGCACCAUGUUUCCUAUGUUGAUCUCUCACUAUGCACUUCAUGUAUGAUCCUGUACACAGUGACAAUGCUAUUGUGGGGGGAAAAAAGAGCAGUGGUAGAAUAAAAUCUGGUGUGUGGUUUUAAAGGCACUUUAUACCACUGCUAUGUCUAUAUAUUUAAUAUCCUAGAACUCUUUAGUUUGACCUAAAAUGAAUUUAUCUAUAAGGUGGCUUUUGCUACAGAAGUUGAAAAGAUUCUGCCCUAAAUAAUACACAUGUGUUGGUAUGUUAAAGGAGAGAGUAACGAUUUUUGGAGGGAAAGUUUUUUGGAGCCUUGCUGAAAGUCUGAGAGGCCUUUAUUUCUUGGGUUCCCAAUAAUCAUCCUAGGGGUGUUUAUUCUCCCUUCUGCCCGCCCUCCCUUCCCUCCCAUUGGUCCUGAUUCCUUGGGUGGCUGUGGGAUUGGUGGAGCAGCAGGGAGGACCUUUUUAACUCUGGGAGAUGUAGGGGAAGCACCUCGGUGCUCCUGGCAUCGCAAGCCUUCCAAGGGCAUUCAGAUCCUUGCUGCGAAGGGAAGGAGCUUGACUUGAUAAGAGGAGCAGGACAUGGUAUUGUGGGUCUUUCAAAAUUAAAAGAAGCCAUUUGGGGACCAGAUACGUUUAGACCUUUAGAAAUACCAUAUUCUUUCAUUCUAGUUGUUUGUGCCUAGGGCUGCACUUUGAAAAAAAAAUCCUCAAAGAAACACAGGGAUCAUGACAUAGUAUUAUAACUUUAAUGUAGUGGGCAAGGCUGACAUUUUUGGCUUUUUUUCCCCAUUGUUUGGGGUUGUAAGGAUUUUAAAUGCAAGCUAGAUUUUAGCUUUAUUUUCAAGAAAAAAAAUGAGAAAACACACCACUGAAAGUUAGCUAUUUGCUACCAACAUGAUACUGAGGAGACCAAGAAGCUAAAUAGAGUCUACAAUUCCCCACCCCCACCCCAGUUCUAUAGAUACAUUUUUUUAAGAAAAGUUUUAAAUAAACCUUUUUUUAAAAAAUUCCCAACAACUCUACUAAAUAUUUCUUACUACUGCAUUGCAUUCUGGGAAUUUCCUAGUUAACAAACGAUUUUUUACUUUAAAUUUUUGGUUAAUUUUUCUCCAUUCUGUGGUGAUUUAAUAUUUGCUGAAAUUCACCAUUACCACCUCACUUCACGGUGCCUUUUUGGCCAGACAAUCGAGCUUUGCUCUUCCCUGAUGCGGUCCAUAUCCAUCUGUCAGGGUAGCCUUGUCCUGCCUCCUAAACUGCUCUGUACCUCUUGGAUAGUCGUGCUGUGUUGCAAUCAGAGUUAGUUGCCCUGUUUUCAGGAGGUGUAUUUGCAUGUGAACAUUCGUCGAGUGGGAUUUGGGUCUGUGUGGAGUGACCCUGCAUAUUUUAGUCCCCCACCCACCCCCUGUUGGUUUGCAGACCCCAACAUGGAAACCAAUUCAUUUCUUAGACUGAAGAAAUUCCCCAUCCCUUCUGUCCAAGCUCAGAUAUCUAAUUCUGAAUAUAUAUCCAUUUUUUUCCUUUCAGUAUUCUAAGAGUAUAAUCCUAAAUAUCCUUUAACGAAGCCCAAUUCAGCGUGAUUUAUCCUCUACAGAAUAUCUUUAGCACCACUGCCUCAUAGCGCACUCUGUGCAUGUUUAGUCGGAAGUAAACUCUGCUGUGUUCGGUGGCGUUUACUCUCUGAUAAAUGUGUUCAGAAUUGCCAUCUAAAUGAAUGUUACAUAACAGACUUACUAAAUCACGGUGCUUCUAUUAGUUGUGCGAAGUAAUGAAUUGUAGGAGGAGGAUCUUUCAUGCCGUACAGAACAGUUAGGUGCCUACAUCAGGUUAUAAAUGAAUAUUUAUCUUAUCUGUAUAUUAUUAUUAUUAUUAAUUAUCAAUAGCAGAUCUGCAAUGGCUCUGACAGGAGAUGUAAUGACUUAAUCCCAAAUGAAAACAGAAUGUUAGAUUCUGUUAAUUAAUUCUUGCCAAGCUACAGUUCACCAGCCAUUCAGAGUGGCCUGAUAGGUGCUUAUCCACCUUUUUGUGUUUACCAAAAUAGCAACAAAGAGAAGUAAAUCAGUCUCCUGGUAGACCUCAGGUUUAUGCUGGGGUUGGUGUAAGAACCUGCCCAUGGGCAAGGCCCCAGCACAUUCCAGGAGGGCUGCAGAUAAAUGCAGGAAAGGAGAGUUUUGGGUGGGUGGGUUGGUUAUGGGUUUUUUUAAGGAUAAGAAGGUGAGCAGAAAGUCUUUGAGAGGCAAACUGCUCCCGCUUCCACCUUUAAAAAGUUUCCAAGCUAAAGCUAAACUUGUUGGUACAGUUUCAGGCUGUUUCUGAGGCCCGAGGAGUUUUAAUGGCAGAAAUGGAAGCAGUUUGCCUUUCUAUGCUUGGGGAGGGUGGAGGGGGUGGAAAUUGUGCUGCUGAACAUCAACCAUUUUGCCAUUAAAGUUCAGUGGCACAAUCUUAGGAUACUGGGACUGCAGGUUGUUCACCCCUGGUGUUAUUGGUUGCUGAAACGUAUUUAACCACAUUUGAGAGUUCUGCUUGGUUUCCUAGUAAAAGAGUAAAGGGUGUUUGGUUUUGGUUUGUUGGGCUUGAUUUAGCACCAAUUAUUACUGGUAGAAUGGACAAAUGGUUACCAGUAGGAUGAGUAAAAAGUAGAUGUUUAUCGCAGUCUGUAAGUUAAGACUCCUCACAGAUAAAAUACGUAUUGACUUAAGUUGGUACAAAAUAACUCAAAAGAGGUACAAAUGAGUAAGAACAAAUGUUUGAUUUGUUUAGGCCUUUGCUACUAAAUAGUCUUACUAUUAUUUAUUACUAGGAUUCUGUUUUGCAGAGAAAUCAUUCCUGUAUUUAUAGUUUUUAUUUCUAGUAUAUUAAUAUGUUAAGAAAGCUAGUCCUAAGCAGAUCAUGUCAUAACUAAAUAGUAAUUCAGAAACAUGCACAAAAUUUGUGUAUGUUUACAGUGAGUUAUACCCUGCUGAAAUUUCAGAAAGGAAUAGUUAAGAAAAAAGUCUUGUGCAACGAAGUAUUGGAGUAGGUAUCCAGAUUAUGAUUCUGAGAAACCUAUCCAAAACAAAAUUCACAUAAAAUAGGGGCAAUUUUCUUCUCCCAAUUUGAACAUCCCGAUUUACAAAAGUCGCAAAAUAGUUUUCUUUGUUACAUGGAUUUUCAAAACAAAAAAAAGAGACGUUCUCAUAGAUGAGUCCAAGGUUCUACGUGUUCAGAGGUGGCUGUAUAAAUCAUGUUCUUUAGCUUUAAAGAGGAAUAGCUUUUUUUUGUUUCAUUUGGAUGGCUAAGGUUUUUUAUGUGGUCAAAUAUAGGUAACAGUAUUAUAGCAUAUAAUGAAGCAACUUGCUACAACAUGGUACUUGUCCCCAUUCCAGAAAUGGAACUAAAGCAGUUCUCCAAAGAGGAAUGAGGGAUUCCUUAAACUUAGAAAUUAAUAUUCAGCUUUCUUAAAAGUUCUGGAGAAUUCAAAAGCUUAUAACUUCUUGACAUUUUGAAUGGGCUAUGAAACAGCUGUGACAGUGCUAUUUUUUUCUGUUUACAAAAAGAAUGUAAAAGUUACAGAAUUCUUGAUUUUUAUUUUUAAAAAUGAAUUGUACUACCCAAGUGUGAUUUGCCAGAAAUGCACAAACCAGUAUUUGCUAAACUAUAUCCUAUGACUUGUAUUACUUUUCUAUUCAAGUCAAUCAGUGCUGACAAACUUCUGGCUGUAGUGGUGUUUUGGGCUGCUACUGCAAAAUGCUGCUUUCCUGUCAUUAAUUAUGUUCGUUUCUUAAAUAUCACAAUGUUGUAUGCUGUUUUGAUAUUUGUAUUUUGAGGCUUUCUAGUAUUAAAGCAGUGGCAUAAUCAUCAGUGUUUUGCCAUACAAACACAGCCUGUGCUGUGCAUGAGAAUUGUUUUCUGAACACUGGAAAUAACUAUGCAAAAAUAUUUUAUUAAAGAGACACACAGAGAA